AUGGAUCCACUGGACGUGGAAGAUGAAGUGGACGAGUCUGAUACAACCAGUUUGCAAGCUCAACUGCGGCAAAACGCCAUUCGCAAACAAGAACAGUUCCAGCAAGAGAUACAAGAGCGCAAUUCAAUGGUGAAUCGCAUGAGUGCAGAGGCCCUGCAGUAUUUCAACCAGCUUCACAAGGCGGAAUGUUCGAAGAAGGAAGAGCUGCAGACCUAUAUAGACGAAAAUUUGAAGGUAUUUGAGAAGAAGCAGAAGAGGGCCCAGGCUCCGACCAAAAAUAAUGAGCGAUCUAGCUCGACCCACGCUGCCUUGGAGGAACACAAGGCGGCGUCUGUAACUAAAAAGAAGCUGGGUAUCGUGAAGAAAGGUGCGCCUCGUAAGACCAAAAUACGUUUACCAGUGCGCAAGUCUCCCAACUAG